AUGAUGGAAGAUUCCUUUGUGGAGCAUCCAGUUUUCAGUGAAGAGGUAUUCCGGAUACGGUACAGGAUGAGUCACAAUGUGUUCAACCGCAUCUCUAGUGACCUUUGUCGCUAUGACCAGUACUUUGUCCAGAAAUUAGAUGCUGCUAAGAAAGUCGGACUACUUCCCCAGCAGAAGCUGACAUGUUCCUUAAGAAUGCUUACUUAUGGUGCUGGGGAAGAUCAAUGUGCUGAGUAUUGUCGGAUGGCGAAAUCUACCUCCAUUGAGGCUCUGAAACGAUUUACACGAGGAAUCGUUAAUUUGUACUCGGCAGAAUACCUUCGGGCUCCUACUCCGGCCGACCUCAGAAGACUUCUCACCAAAGCUGAGAGAAGAGGCUUUCCUGGGAUGAUUGGCAGCAUCGACUGCAUGUAUUGGCAAUGGAAGAAUUGCCCAACAGGUUGGGCUGGAGAAUACAGCGGUCGAAAACGUGUGCCCACUAUGAUCCUCGAAGCAGUCACUUCUUAUGACACAUGGAUAUGGCAUGCCUUCUUUGGAAUGCCUAGAUCAUGCAACGACCUUAACGUGCUUGCUAAGUCCCCGUUCUUUGACGAGCUGACUGCUGGUCAAGCCCCUCCGAUCCAAUUUCAAGUGAAUAAUAGGAUUCACAAUUUAGGGUUCUAUCUUGCUGAUGGUAUCUAUUCGCAAUGGGCGACUUUUGUGAAAUCAAUUCCAAGUAUUGUUCAAGGAGCGGCUCGUGGCUGGGAUAGAGAAGAUCUUCAAUACAUCAUGUUGACUUGUAUUAUAUUACACAACAUGAUAAUCAAGGAUGAAAGACCAGAUGACAACGAUGAGGAUUUGGAGUCCGAUGAAGAAGAGGAUAACAAUAUCAGGCCCAGGUUGGCCCAGGUUUGGGAAGGACCGACCGGUGAUGACUUCGAUCCUGUUGGUAGAGAUGGUUAUUACUUCAACGGAUUCAGGGAUUGA